CGACGUUCCGGCCUAUGAGGGAGUCGACCAGAUCGUCGAAGUUGGCCCCGGUGGGCUGAGGCUCUGAGUGCCAGGGCCGCCUGAAGACUGGGCCGAUGAUCCACCGCCUUGCCCCCUUCCUGUUACAUCACCGAGCAGCCGCCACCCCUACUGUUAGGACAGACCGGACUCGGGCAGCCUCCCUCUUCCAUGACAAUACGGGAAAUGACGGUACCGUUAGGACAGGUCACCAACGGGGGGUGGAAGUCCUUGCAGAACUCGACAUAGACGAGGUAGUCUUUCCCGCAAGCUGGGCAGUCACUGGUGAUGUGCUCAGUGCACAUUAAAGUAUGGCGGCCCAGUGGUGCCCAGCAAGGUCGACAGAUGGUUGUAUUUGUCGGCUCCGGUGUAGAAGAUGGUUGGACGACAUGGGGCUCCUGCUGGCCUUGGUUGUGUCGCGGGGGGUUUCGUUCCGGCGGAGACUAUGGGAAUGGUGAUCCUUUCGAGGGAGCAGGUCCUGCGUGGAGCAGCAGUCCCGGAGGUUUAUCUGGUAUCGUCUGAAUGGAGAAUAGGCGGGAACGCAAAUCCAAGCUCCUGUCCUUGUGGGAGACACCCCCAACUGUUGGUUGUGUCAGUCAGGUAUAUGGCGGAACGGUACGUAUCGGGGCGAGGCUUGGCACUACCAAACAGCUGCGUGUUGCCGUUGGGGAACGUCUUAAUCGCUGAAACCGGCGUCCCUGGGAAAGCUGCGGCAACGACGAACCAUAUUGACAAAUUGGUCAUUUUCCAAACAGCAAAGCGGUAUAUAUUCGGCGCAUCCGCGAUCCGCAGUGCCGUUUUGCUGCUACCUGAGGCUCUUAGCCGGACCAUUUGCUCCAUAACGCUUCUGAUAGGCUGGCGCUGCACGGGGCGCCUACAAGAUCUGGCAGCUCCCGCACGAAGGGUCCUCUCAGCAGAAGCCCUGUUCCAGGCGCGCCUCGAUUUCGCAAUUUUGUUUCUAUCCCACUUGGUGCUGUCCCCGGGUCUCGUGUCGAGGUUGGCUUCGUCGCUGUCCUUGAUGGGACAUGUAGAUCCCUACAUCAAAAAGCCGGCGACGACUCAGCAUAGUCGGGAAGCUUCCAUGCGAAAGAGCAUCCCGUCCUUCUUUCCAACGUUAGUACUGGCUACCGCAGGUUGUACCUUUUCGCCAUAGCUACUAGGCGGUGGUACAGUACCAGAUAGCGUCCAUGGGGACGCAUGUACCUCCAUACCUCCAGGAGACAAUGUCUCGCUUUGCGCGACGGCUCGGUCCUCACCGGGGUCCAUCUUGUCAUUACCCCACCCUGGACGCAGAUGGGAAGAAUGCAGCGAGCACGCUAUGCAAUCCA